GAAUGGACAAAUUUUGCUGGUUUUACCGUGAGAUCAUCGAAAGUAGAAGCAGGCCGAUCUCUUCUUGGUGUUCAUUCGGCCUGUUUGCAACUUCAGUAAACUGGUAGGUAAAGGUAGAAAAUCCAUUACUGAGUCAUGAACAAAAACAGAAAUCAGAAGAUUUUGGAUCUUACCCUGGAGAUUAUUUACCUGGUGACUGGAGAGGACUAUGUGGUUGUGAAAACGAAUGGUGGUAAUGCCCCACAUAGCAGGCGUCCUCUUGUGUCAGAAGAAUCUUACAGUACACAUAACCCCAGCACUGUGCCUUUACUUCACUCACUGACACAUGACAGAAACAAUGAUAAGAAGAUUCUGGAACUGACCAAUCAGAUCAUCCACCUGCUGACUGGAGAGGUUCCAAUAAGGUGUGAGGAUGUCACAGUCUAUUUCUCCAUGGAGGAGUGGGAAUAUUUAGAUGGACACAAGGUUCAUUACAAGGAUGUGAUGAUUGAGAAUCACCAGCCCUUCAGCUCACUAGUAGAUGGGUUAAUGGGAAGACCUACUCAUAAAGGAUUUCAAAGCCCUACUGCUACAUUAGAUGAUGCAAAUGAAUAUAAAAGUGACCUUAACAGAAAUAAAAUCCAGAAGACACAGAGCAACUCUGUACAAAAUGAGGAAGUGGAUUCAUCCUUGUCUGGCGAAGGAAAAAUGAAAGACAUUUCUAUACCUUCAGAACAUAUACAGACAUCUAUUUAUAUCAAGGACGAACCAACAUCAAGUGAAGAAGAAAAUCUCACAGACAUUUAUACGCCAGCACGGCAUACAAAUACAGAUCGUCCAUUUACUCAACUUAGGGAGGAAUCCGCAACAACUAAACAAGUAAAACUUCUAGAUAAUGACAUUUAUAUGCCUACAGACCAUACAAAGACAGAAAAUACAUCUACUUGUAUUAAGGAGGAACCAAGCUCAAGUGAAGAUUUCACGGAUACUGAAAUUUGUACACCACCAACAGAGCAUUCAUGGUCUGAAUGUACAUCUGCUCAUAUUAAGGAGGAAUUAAUCUCAUGGGAGGAAAGGGAUGGUGUAAUAAGUGACCUCUAUACACCCACAAAACCUGCUCGAACAGAAAAUACAUCUAUUCUAAAAGAGGAAUUGGCUUCAUGUAAAGAAAGGAAUGUCACAGAUGUUGAAAUGUAUGCAAAUACACAACAUAUCCAAAUAUUGGAUAUAUUGAUUAAUACUGAAGAAGCUGCAAUGAAGACCAACAUUAAACCCAUCACAAGAGUGAUGGACAAUCAAUAUGAAAAAUCUGAUGUAUCGGUUUGUCAACAAAAUAGCAACUCUGGAAAGGAAUUAUAUACCUGCUCUGUGUGUCAGAAAUGUUUUACUAGCAACUUGGAAUUUACCAACCAUCAAGUGAUUCACACAGAGAAACAAUUUUCUUGCUCUCAAUGUGACCAAUGUUUCUAUAAUAAAUCAAGUUUUGUCAAACACCAGUGGAAUCAUCAUAUGGGAAAGAAACUAUUCCCAUGUUCUGAUUGUGAGAAAUGCUUUACUCGUUCCUCGGAUCUUGUUAAGCAUGAGAGGAUUCAUACAGGAGACAAACCAUUAUCUUGCACUCAAUGUGGCAAAUGUUUUCUAGAUAAAUCAAGCUUUGUAAAACAUCAGUGGAUCCAUAUGGGAAACAAACCGUUCUCCUGUUUGGAAUGUGGGAAAAGUUUUGUUUGUUCAUCCUAUCUUGCUAAACAUCAGAAGAUUCACACAGGAGAGAAACCAUUUCCUUGCUCUGAAUGUGGAAAAUGUUUUAGACGUUCCUCACAACUUGUUAUGCAUCAGAGAACUCACACAGGAGAGAAACCAUUUUCUUGUUCUGAAUGUGGGAAAUGUUUUGCUGUUAAAUCAAAUCUUGUAACGCAUGAGAAGAUUCAUGCAGGAAUUAAACCAUACUCUUGCUCUGAAUGUGGAAAAUGUUUUACUUGCAAGGCAAGUCUUGUUAUACAUCAGAUUAUCCACACAGGAAAGAAACUGUAUUCUUGUACACAAUGUGGGAAAAGCUUUGCUCAAAAAUCAACUCUUUUUACACAUAAAAAGAUUCACACAGAAAGAAAACCAUUCCCAUGUUCUGUAUGUGGGAAAUGUUUUACUCAUAAGUCAAGUCUUACAUUACACCAACGUAUUCACACAGGAGAGAAGCCGUUUUCUUGCUCUGAAUGCGGGAAAUGUUUUACUAAUCGAGCAGAUCUUGUUAAACAUGAGAUGAUUCACACAGGGGAGAACCCAUUCCCAUGUUCUGAGUGUGGCGUAUGUUUUACUCAUAAGUCAAGUCUUACAAAGCAUCAGAAAACCCAUAUGGGAGAGAGACUACUGUGGGACAACAAAAUUAUGGAAACACAAUGCAAAUGAGUUUUACUUUGAAGUCAAUGACGGCUCUAAAUGCAGUUGCACAGUUGAAUCACAGGGUUGAUUGCUAAUGUGUCUGGUGGGGUCUGUCAACCACAAAACAGGUUUGACAAUAAGCCAUUUGAUAUGUGAAUGUCAAAGUCACAUAAGGCAACUUACCGGUGUGCCUCAUAAAGUAAAUUUAUUUAAUGUGUCAAGGGGAAUGGUCUCAACAAUAACUGCAAUGUAGGCUAGACAAGAUUUCUUAGAAAGGUGUUGAACCUCACUUCAAGGGUUACUCAAAGCACCAUGACCACUUAGUUGAUUUUAAGUGAGCAUUGUAUUGUAUCUGAAAAGUCUGUGUUUACCUUUUGAAAUGCUAUAAAUACAGAGGUGAAUUCCUCCACCUCUGUCAUUACCCAGGCUAGAAUCAAGUUACAAGCUCGCUGAUGUCAAUUCUGUGCAAAAUUGGUGUGAGACACCUGCAGGCAUAGCGUGCUAUGGCCCCACUCCCCAUGCUGCCCCUGUCCUAAUUUCAGUUCGUCCUCGCUAACCUUCCUUCCCUUCUGGAGAGGGGGAGUGACGUCAACUGAGGAGCAUCGGGGAGAGCUUUACCCCUGCAGUGGAAUGGAAGUGGAAGCGUAUAUUUAAUUUUUUUUUAAAUUGAGGGGGGGGGGGGACAUCUCAGAAAUAUUUUAAGCAGAAAUAUCACUGGAAAACAAAAAAUAUCUUUUGUAAACUUUACAAAGCUGGGAUUUAUGUCAGGGCUAUAGUUUGAAUCCACUACCCACCGCAAAGCUUGGGUUUUCUUUUUGGUAAUAAAAAGUAAUAUCGUUUGAUAAGUCAUAUUUUACCAGAUUAAUAUUUGGAUAAAACUGAAGGUUGUCUUCAACCCACUAUGGGCACACGUCCAUGCUUAUAAGUAAAUAGGAUCUCCUAAGCAUUGUUAGUACUAACCCUCAGUAGAUG